AUGAUAAAUUAUAUGAUCUCUUUAACAGACGAAGACAUGAUGAAAGAAGAGCCAAUUUCAUUGUUCUCACCAGCCAAUCCCAUCCCCACAGAGACAAUCUUCCUCUCCAACAUCGACCAGGCCGUCACUUUCCCCGUCGAGACACUCUUCUUCUACGCCGCUGCCGGAACUGCUGACGUGGCAGCCAUGGUUCGGACAGCCGUUGAGCGAGUGCUGCUUGUUCCAUACUACUUCAUGGCCGGGAGGCUUAGGUGGAGCGGCGAUGCCCAAAGGCUCGAGCUCGUGUGUAAUAAUUCCGGUGUCUUGUUUGUUAGUGCCCGAACUAGGGUUUCACUCGAUGAUCUCGGCGAUCUUUCCAACCCGAAUGCGGAUUUUUCGCGGUUCGUUCAUCGCCCCGGGUUGUAUAAAAGCUUUGAGGACACUCCCAUCUUCACUAUUCAGGUGACAAGAUUCGAAUGCGGCGCAUUCGCAUUAGGGUUUAUGACAAACCACGCGAUUUUAGACGGAAAAUCGGCAAGCGAAAUGUUCCACAACCUCGCCUCAAUAUGUCGAGGCGAAGGCCUAAAGACGGUGUGGGUUGACAAUGACCGAACCCCCCUAAAAGCACGAACCCCGCCUCAAAUCCAUUUCCCACACAACGAAUACCUAGAACUUUCGAAAACUCUAUCCCAACCCUCAUCCUUCACCUCGCAAAAACGAAUGUCUCCGUCCCCUCUCAUCUUCUCCAACAACUACGUCCACAAACUCUUCGCCUUCUCCAACGAAACCCUAGCAAAGCUCAAAAACAAAACCCUAGCCAAGUGCUCGACAUUUGAGGCAAUCCUUGCGCACAUUUGGCGGGCGAGGACGCGCGCGUACUUCGACAACCUCGAUCAAGAAUCGACCGUCCUCUUCGCGGUGGACAUCCGCGACAAGAUCACGCCGCCUUUGCCGGAGGCCUUCGCCGGAAAUGCGGUGAUCACGGCGUUCGCACGUGCAAGGGCUCGAGAUUUGAUCGGACGGCCGUUAUGGUUCGGGGUGGAGAGAGUGAGGGAAGGGGUGGAGAGAGUGACGAAUGAGUACAUAAGGUCAGUGAUAGACUGGUUAGAGGUUCAUAAAGGGAUUCCUGCAACAGGGAAUGGAGGAGCAUUCUAUGUUUCAGCAUGGUGGAAGUUGACUUUUGGUGAGGUUGACUUAGGGUUUGGAUGGCCACAGCAUGCAGGGCCUAUUGUGAGUGGAAAUGACGAGUUUGUCCUCUUCUUGGACGAUGGGAAUUCCGGUAUUAAUGUCUGGUUGGGCCUGGACAAGGACAAAAUGGACAAUUUCUCCUCUUGUGUUUAUCAAAUGUGA